AUGGCACUCUCGUCCGGAGCCCGCACCAACGGCAGCGGCGGCGCAACUGUCGCGCAACGCCUUCAGAAGGAGCUCAUGGACAUCAUGAUGAAGCCUACGCCCGGCAUCACCGCGUUCCCCGACGACGAGAACAUGAGCCGCUGGACCGCCACCAUCGACGGCCCAUCCUCAACGCCCUACGAGAACUUGGUCUUUAAGCUCAGCAUGGAGUUUGGUCCCACAUACCCUUACGCUCCACCCACGGUGCUCUUCAAGACGCCCAUCUACCACCCGAACGUCGACUUCAGCGGCAGGAUUUGCCUCGACAUUCUGAAGGAUAAGUGGAGUGCCGUGUACAACAUCGGAACUGUCCUGCUGAGCUUGCAGAGUCUCCUUGGGGAGCCCAACAACUCGAGUCCGCUCAAUGGCCAGGCCGCGGAUCUGUGGGACAAGGACAUGGAUGAGUUCAAGCGUCUCGUCCUUGCUCGCCACAAGACGCCCGAGGAGCUUGAUGCGGCAGACCUCUAG